AUGGAGCAGAAGCCUCAGAUGCUGGUGCCAAGACUGAAAUUGGGCACCCAAGGCCUGGAGGUUUCUAAACUUGGUUUUGGUUGUGGGGGACUUUCUGGCAUACUAAAUGCUCCACUCUCGCAUGAAGCUGGAUGUGCGAUUCUAAAAGAAGCAUUCAAUAAGGGUAUCACCUUCUUUGACACCGCUGAUGUCCAUGGACAGGAGGGCGACAAUGAGAUCAUGAUUGGCAAGGCAUUAAAAGAGUUGCCUCACGAACAAGUUCAACUAGCAAGUAAAUUUGGCAUUUAUAGGAUGGAUUUCACUCAAUUAGAGGUCAAAGGAACUCCUAAGUAUGUGCAGCAAUGCAUCGACGCCAGUCUUAAGCGGCUGAAUGUGGAUUACAUUGAUCUGUAUUAUCCGCACCGAACAGACAUAUCUGUGCCAAUAGAAGAAACAAUGAGGGAGCUAAAGAAGCUAGUGGAAGAGGGAAAGAUUCGAUACAUUGGUUUGUCCGAAGCUAGUGUGGAUACAAUCAAGAGGGCACACGCAGUUCAUCCAAUAACCGCUGUAGAAAUGGAGUAUUCUCUAUGGACUCGUGAAAUUGAAGAGGAUGUAAUCCCACUUUGUAGGAAACUUGGUAUUGGAAUAGUAGCGUAUAGCCCUCUUGGUCAUGGAUUCUUUGCUGGGAAGGCAAUUGUGGAGAGCUUGCCUUCAGAGAGUUUUCUAAAUAAGCAUCCAAGGUUUGUUGGAGAGAAUCUAGAGAAGAACAAAGUACUAUAUGCUCGUUUUGCCAAUUUAGCAGCCAAGCAUUCUUGCACUCCUCCUCAACUAGCUCUGGCAUGGCUUCUCCAUCAGGGAGAUGAUGUGGUUCCGAUACCUGGAACAACAAAGAUUAAGAACCUUAUUGACAACAUUAAUUCUCUAGCUGUCAAGCUGACACCUGAUGACUUGAAAGAAAUAGCUGAUGCAAUUCCCAUUGAUCAAGUUGCUGGAGAAAGAGAAGUGGUUUCUAAACUUGGUUUCGGUUGUGGGGGACUUUCUGGCAUAAUAAAUGCUCCACUCUCGCAUGAAGCUGGAUGUGCGAUUCUAAAAGAAGCAUUCAAUAAGGGUAUCACCUUCUUUGACACCGUUGAUGUCUAUGGACAGGAGGGCGACAAUGAGAUCAUGAUUGGCAAGGCAUUAAAAGAGUUGCCUCGCGAACAAGUUCAACUAGCAAGUAAAUUUGGCAUUUAUAAGAUGGAUUUCACUCAAUUAGAGAUCAAAGGAACUCCUGAGUAUCUGCGGCAAUGCAUCGACGCCAGUCUUAAGCGGCUGAAUGUGGAUUACAUUGAUCUGUAUUAUCCGCACCAGACAGACAUAUCUGUGCCAAUAGAGGAAACAGUUAGUAUUAGAUAUGACAGUUCAAUUUUCAUAAGAAAUUAG